CGGCCGUCUUUUGAUUGGCAACCGGAUGCCACACUCACGACCUUGAUGCCGACUUUGGCUCAGGCCAUCUUCACCAGUACGCUUACCGACGAGGAGUGCAAAACAAUUAUCGAACGCUAUCCGCCUAUCCGCACGCUGAAAUACUCACCACCUGCUGCGGUGCCACAGGCUGACCGCCUAUUCAAGCCUGGCCAAAAAGCCGAAGGCGCUAUGCUACGCCAGCUGCAAUACACGCUUUCUGCAGUUCUGCGACCUCUUGAUGUGUUAGGUCAUACUCUCUUACCGAUUCUCCCAAACGAAUACAUAGACCGCGUUUUUGCCACUAUAAACGACAUCCGCACUUUGGUUCUUCAUACCGCCAGUACUAUAAACAAUCAAUGUAAUCAGCUUGCUCUUCGCGCUAUUCAUCUAUCCUUAAAAGCACCAUCACAAGACAAGCAAUACACUAUAUCCGCCGAUACGUUCAAAGACACUGUUACUCAAUUCACAGCAAUGCAAAAAUCGAUUCGAGAUGCUCGUCGAGGGGGUAAUCGUUUUAAACCAUCGUCAUUUAAUUCGUCGUUUUUUCGAUCGGGCCCAUCAGAGGAUGGCGGGCAUCCCAGUUUCACUUUUCAGCGGCAGCAGCACCAACGAUCCAACAAUCCGUUCCGCAGCUCCUACAACAGAAACAACACCAAUCAGUCUCACAGCAACAACCCCAACAACAAC